CAAAAGCAGCGGAAACGCUUCCUGAGCUGCCCCCGGUGUCACCUCGCUCUCGGUCCGGGUUCGCCUCCGGUGCGCCGCCGUUGCUCGGGCUCGGAGUCUCGGGGAUGAUGAUGCUGCCGCUGCCGCCGCGGAGGUGAUGGAGCUCGGGCACACACGCGGACAAGUGUCGGACACAGUUUGAGACGAAGAGCCGGAGGUCGGAGUCCCGCUCUCCGCCCGGUGCCGCCCGCUGGACGGGCUCUAUCUGGAGCUCAGGCCGGAGGACGGUAAAGAAAGUCGGUGACCAUGAAGCUGCUGAAGCCGAGCUGGGUGAGCCACAACGGCAAACCCAUAUUUUCAGUUGACAUUCACCCUGAUGGCACAAAAUUUGCGACCGGUGGACAAGGGGAAGAUUCUGGGAAGGUGAUGAUCUGGAACAUGGCGCCGGUCCUCAAAGAGGAGGACGAGAAGAAUGAAAAUAUUCCCAAAAUGCUUUGCCAGAUGGACAAUCACCUAGCGUGUGUGAACUGUGUGCGCUGGUCCAACAAUGGACUGUACCUGGCAUCAGGAGGAGACGACAAGCUGGUCAUGGUGUGGAGGAGAGCUGCAUACAUCGGUCCGAGCACAGUGUUCGGGUCGAGCAGUAAACUGGCCAACGUGGAGCAGUGGAGGUGUGUCACCAUCCUGAGGAAUCACACCGGAGAUGUGAUGGACGUGGCGUGGUCUCCUCAUGACGUGUGGCUGGCCUCCUGCAGCGUCGACAACACCAUCGUCAUCUGGAACGCUCGUAAAUUCCCAGAGAUGGUGACAUGUCUGCGAGGACACACUGGGCUGGUUAAGGGCCUGACGUGGGACCCAGUGGGGAAAUACAUCGCCUCCCAGGCCGACGACCACAGCCUGAAGGUAUGGAGGACGGUGGACUGGCAGAUGGAGGCUAACAUCACCAAACCCUUCAGCGAGUGCGGUGGGACGACCCACGUCUUGCGUCUGUCCUGGUCUCCGGAUGGUCAGUAUCUGGUGUCGGCUCACGCCAUGAACAACUCUGGCCCCACGGCCCAGAUCGUGGAAAGGGACGGCUGGAAGACCAACAUGGACUUCGUGGGACACCGUAAAGCAGUCACCGUGGUGAAAUUCAACCCAAAGAUCUUUAAGAAGAAACAGAAGAACGGCAGCUCCCCGAAACCCAGCUGUCCGUACUGCUGCUGCGCUGUCGGCAGCAAAGACAGAUCGCUCUCAGUCUGGCUGACCUCACUGAAGCGUCCCCUGGUGGUCAUUCACGAUCUCUUCGAUAAAUCGAUUAUGGACAUUUCCUGGACUCUGACGGGUCUGGGGAUGUUGGUGUGUUCCAUGGACGGAACUGUGGCCUACUUGGACUUCUCAUUGGAUGAACUGGGAGACCCACUGAGCGAGGAGGAGAAGAACAGCAUUCACCAGAACAUCUACGGGAAGAGUCUGGCUAUAACCAGCACUGAGGCUCAGCUCUCCACCACCAUCAUCGAGAACCCCGAGAUGCUCAAAUACCAGCAGGAGCGACAGAACUCGGCCCAGGCUAACGCAGGACUGGGCAGCGCUGGGCCCGAAUCCUCCGCCCCCAAACUCAACAGCGUCAUGAACGGAGAGUCUCUGGAGGACAUCAGGAAGAACCUUCUGAAGAAACAAGUGGAGACAAGAACCGCAGACGGCAGAAGACGGAUCACGCCACUGUGCAUCGCUCAGCUGGACACAGGGGAUUUUUCACCGGCUCUGUUCAACAGCGUUCCCAUCCUGCCCUCGGGCUCCUCCAUGUCCAAUCAUCUCACCCCUCAGCUCAGCUCUGACUCCAGCCCAGGACAGGCCUCCUGUCUGGGGCUGAGGCCCGGCAAUGACCCAAUGCUCACCUCCCCUGCAGUGAGCGGGGCCAAGGGCCUGGAGGACAAUAAAGAUGGUGUUAAAUCCACUCUGCUGCUCACUUCUGCCUCCAAGAUUGAGCCCAUGAAAGCUUUGGACUCCAGGUUCACAGAGAGGUCAAAGGCCACGCCGGGGGUCACGGCCGUCAUCACCUCCAUCUCUGGACUAGUGCCUCUAGACAGGUCUCAGUUCAAGCCCAAAGACAGUAUCUCUGUCCUGAAAGACGUAAAAGCCAAAGAAGAAACCAGCAGCGACAGCGAGGACAAGAUGGCCGCCAUCAACAAAAACCUGUCGUUCAGCAAGAGGAAGCCGGAGCUGCUGAUGGACGCAGCAGAGGUGGUGGAGAAGAGGAAGAAGGGACGGCCCAGGAAAGACAAGAUAGCCGCUCCCAUUGCCCAACCCUUCACUCAGGUGACUCCUCCAGCAGAGCGGGAGCCGACCAGAGUGACGGCUGCUCCAGCUCCUGUCGCU